AAAAGAAAAACUUCAUUUAAUCAGAGAUAAGAGGAUAUUUUUGCCUUCUCUCUCUCUCUCUCUCUCUCCCCGAUUGUAUCUGGGGUUUCCUCGUUGGCUUUGUUCGAUCAGGUUCAGGUUCAAAUCUCCUUCAAACAUACCAUUCAGAGCAAUCUCCAGAAAUGUAUGAUAAUAUGGGAGCACAGUCGGGGUUGCCAAGGCCCCCCUUCAACCCUCAAAGCAAUCCUUUUGGGAAUGCAUUCUAUGGAGCUGGUUCAGGACUCAUCCAAGGUGGACUUGGCGCAUAUGGAGAGAAAAUACUGGGUUCAAGCUCUGAAAAUGUACAAAGCAUUAUAAGCAGGUAUUUCUCCGAUCCCCAGUACUAUUUCCAGGUGAAUGACCAGUAUGUGAGGAACAAGUUGAAGGUUAUUCUAUUUCCAUUCCUACACAGGGGGCACUGGACGAGGAUAACCGAACCAGUUGGGGGCAGGCUCUCCUAUAAACCUCCAAUCUAUGACAUAAAUGCUCCAGAUUUGUACAUUCCCUUAAUGGCCUUUGGUACCUAUGUGGUUCUUUCCGGUUUCUCGCUGGGACUUAUUGGGAAGUUUAGCCCGGAAGCUUUAAGUCUGCAGUUCUCAAGAGGGCUACUAGGCUGGUUUUUACAAGUCAUGCUGCUUAAAGCAUCACUGUAUUAUUCAUUGGGGAGUGGAAAGGCACCUCUUCUGGACAUUGUCGCAUAUUGUGGUUAUGCUUUUGCUGGAAUGUGUGUGGCUAUCAUGGGUAGAUUCUUGUGGGGCUACGCAUACUAUUUCCUGAUGCCAUGGGUGUGUUUGUGCAUGGGGAUCUUCUUGGUGAAGACACUGAAGCAAGUUCUCUUUGUAGAGGUGAGGAGUUAUGAUUCGAGCAAGCAUCACUAUCUCUUGCUUUUCAUGGCUUUGGUCCAGUUUCCCUUUUUCAUCUGGCUUGGCAAUAUUGGGGCUUGAUUUUGAUUGUGCUGUUCUCUCUCUCUCUCCUCUUUUUUUCUUUCCCUUUACUCCGUUUUGUUGGCUGUAAAUGAUGUUGUAAUUAGAUCUUAGAAACAAUGUCACCUUUCAUUAAUUUGUAAAUAUAGCUGUGAGUUAGAUCUUAGAAACAAUGUCACCUUUCAUUAAUUUGUUGAAAAUAUAGCUCUUUUGGAUUUGAUGUA